AUGCGCGAGGUGGUCGUGACAGAUGGGCAGAUAGCAAGAUCUCCACCUAAUGUGGCUGGCAAUGGUAAUACAAGAGACAGACCUUUACAACGAAGAUACCGUAAUGUACCUCAACGUACUACACCAUCCACACCUUAUCCUGUACAGGAACAAAUAGAUGACGGUAUUCGUACCCAGGAGCAAAUCCCCGAGAACGUAUCGAACAACGAAGGAGAUACAUCUGCCGGAAAUACCGACGAUGCAUCCAUCCAGAGUACAAAUGCAGAGGGUUUAACUCCCCGGAGUACAACUUCCAAGACUACAUCCCCCCAGGGUGAAAAUACGGAGGAUACACUUCCUCAACAUGAAAAUGCGGUGGAUACACUUCCCGGAGGUGAAAAUGUUGAAGGUACAAUUCCCGGAGGUGAAAAUGUUGAAGGUACACUUCCCGGAGGUGAAAAUGUCGAAGGUACACUUCCCGGAGGUGAAAAUGUUGAAG